AUGGCACAGCGUAAGACACGAGCGACCACAGCUGCCGAGCGACUUGCUGCAAGCAAUAAUGUAGCAUCUACACGUGCCCUACAUCGUCAAAAAUCUACAGUAACAGAAGAAUCUAAAACAGAGGACCCGGACUCAGAUCAUGACCAAGUUCAGAAUCAGACGCCGCGAGCAAAACGUGCCACUCCUUCAAGCGACAUUUUUUCUGGCACAUAUUUGUCUUACACAGGACAUAACCCUUCUGUAUUAAGCAAACGAUUGAAACAAAUGUGGCAAUCAUUGCAAACGACGUCAAGUCAUCUGGAACAACAAGAAGACGGAGUGUUGGAUAUUCAUGCAACACAAAAGUUGCAACUUGUGGCAACAGAAUUGUUGCAAGAAAAGCUUUUGCACCACCAAGAUAAUCACGUACGUUCUCUCUUGGCGUGUUGUUUAGUUGAAUUAUUACGUUUAUCUGCACCUGAUUCGCCAUUUGAUUCUCAAGAUGAUUUGUAUCGAGUUUUUCAAUUAUUUAUUGAACAGCUUCAAGCUCUUGGUAAAAAAACGACGACAAAAAUUACCGAGUUGCAACAAAUGCAUAUGCUUGAAAGUCUCGCAACAGCCAAAACAUGUCUCUUAGUGGCAAAUCUUGACACAACUUUGCAUGGUGAAAAAAGAAUGAUGGUCCAAGUAUUUGAAACUCUUUUUGACCUUAUUGACCACAAACAUUCUGUCAAAUUGGAACAUUUGAUGAUAAAUUUCAUGGUGACAUGCAUUGAAGAAAGUAAUGAUGUGGAUAUUUCACUUUUGGAAGUAUUGAUACAACCAUUUGUGAGUACUGACGUAAGAUCUGCAACAAAUGACACCACAAUCAAGUUCUCGACACGUUUGGCUGAAGAAAUAAUUGGUCGUACGAGUGAAAUAUUGCAAAGUCCCUUUUCGCAAUAUUUCAACAAUGUAUUGGUUGAGACACCAACCCCAUCACACGUUUACGCAAUCAUUGCGCAUUUAUACAAAAUUACACCAUCGCUGUUGCAUUCUGUGUUGCCAACUAUAUGUUUGCAACUACAAGCUGAAAAUAUUACUAUUCGAAGCAAUGCAAUAACAUUAAUUGGCAAUAUAUUAGCGUCCUCACCUGGAAAUUUCAAUUCUGAGUUAUUGAAAAUUUUCCGUGAUUUUCUUACUCGAUUUCGAGAUACAAGUAAAGAAAUUCGUAUUUUAAUGAUUCAAAAAAGUAUUUUAAUUUGGGAAUCAAAACAAGAAGUAAGUGAAUGGAUUGAAAAAGAAUUAAGUUUACGAGCAUGUGAUCCAGAAUGGGAAGUUCGACAAGUUGUUGUGCAUGAAAUUUGUGACUUUGCUGCGAAUUCUUUGGAUAUUAAAAGAAACCAUGACGGGAUUGAGUCAAGUGUUUAA